CACCUGAUUGUCCAUUAGUUCCAUUAGAUUCUUCAAUUUUUACGUCAAUAAUUGAUCACAGUAAAAAUUUGGUUCAUUUACGUUCGCUUUGUAAAUCAGGGCGGCCUCUAGUUCUUAUGGGUGGAUCGUAUACUUGUCCUUUAUACCGAUGCAUAUCUCAUGUGCUCAAUGAUAUAUAUAAUCGAUAUAAAGCGGAUGUAGAUUUUUAUUUGAUUCAAAUUAAAGAAGCACAUGCUUCUGAUGUUUGGCCUAUUGGCAACAUUGUCGAUGUCAAGGAGCAUCACACAUUAUCUGACCGUUUGGCUGCUGCACGUGAGAUGGCAACAAAAACCAAAUUGGAAAUUCCUGUACUAGCAGACACAAUGAAUGAUACUUUCUUAAAAUUAUAUUCACCAUGGCCAUUCCGAUUUUUUAUAGUUGUUGAUGGAAUUUUAAAACUUGUUGGAAUGCCAAAAGAUGCGCGUUAUGAUACAACAGAUCUAGUUGAGUGCUUAGAUGAUCUUUUACGCAACAAUAAAGACUAA